AUGAGUUCCUGGUACUCCAACCUCGUCACCAAAACCUCGUCCCAAAUCUCAAACCUCCGGUCUACCCUCCUUUCCAGCGAGGCCGAUGGCGACACCGAAGACGACACCCACGUCUGCCGCGUCCUGCGCAACUACUACACCGAAAAGGGCCGCCCGUUUCCCAACUGGCUGCCCCCUGACCCAAAGGCACCGCCGCCGCAGAUGACCCAGGCCGUAUAUGCCCAGUCGCAGGUCGGCUCGCGCUACGGUGGGCUUGGAGGGCCUCAACAGCCCGGCGCUGGGGGGCUCAGCAGUCUAUGGGACAACGGCCCUGCGCAGCCUCCGCAGCCGCAGAUUCCGCAGAGCUUGCGGGCUGGACGACCGGCGACGACACAGCCCGGACCGUCUUCGAGAGACGAGCUGCUCGGGAGGGGGGGGCAGGCACCUCGUGCGGGGAGCUAUUCUGGGCCUGGGCCGGCUCCCGCUGGAUCGGCGCAGGAUCGUUUGAAACAGCGACUUUGGGGAACCCGUACCACGAGCCCGUCCUCUAGCAACGGUAAUGGGCCGUUCCAACCACCUCCGGGCGGAGGUUCAGGGGGCCACCAAUCUCAGGGCAGUUAUGAGGACAGGUUUGCGCCAGGAGGAUCUUACGAUAAUUCCAGAGGAAGCGGUGGUGGUGGUGGUCAGCCAUUUGUUGGAGCAAACGCUCCUUGGUCGAGUGACGGCGGCCCCUACUCAGGAGGAGGAGGAGGAGGAGGAGGAGGAGGAGCUGCGAAUGGAGUACGAAGAAAAGGGCUGCCCAGCGGUCCACGAGGAUAUAGAUGA